AAGACGGCUAGGAAGAAGCAGACGAUGGAUGCUGUCACUUACGAGUAGACCUAAAUUUGUUUGUGAUAUUUAUUGCAUCCGAUUUUGAAACGAAAACUAGUUGUUUAAGAGUCAGCAUGUCAAGGGCAAAGGCUGAAUCAAGGCUUACAAUAACACAGAAUUUUAUUUGCGGAGGUUUGGCCGGAAUGUUUAGCAGAACGGUCCUUUCUCCUUUAGAAGUUGUUAGAAUAUCUUGUCAAAUAGGGACGCCGGAAACGCGACAGGGUGCUUACAGAGCCUUCAGGACUCUAUACCAGCAGCAAGGAUGGAAGGCAUUCUGGAAAGGAAACGCUGUAGCCUGUUUCAGACUUCCUCUCUACUCAGUUAUUCAUCUUUUUACUUAUGAAAAUCUGUCAUUAAAACUUGUGGAUGAACAGGGACGGCUUUCUGCAUCCACGGCCACGAUUGCUUGUAUGGGGGCAGCAAUUAGUUCUACAGCUGUUUUAUACCCCACUGACUUGGUUAUGGCUAGAUUAAUAGCACAAAAUGCUGACAAAAAACAGGCAAGAUACAGCGGUAUGACCCAUGCUAUAAAAAUGAUCUGGAAAGAGGAGGGAUUUUUACGGUUAUAUAGGGGGUUGUCAUUAGCAGUUUUAGAAUUAAUACCUUUUACUGGCGUAGUUUAUUUUACCCAUAGUGCAAUAGAUCAGUUAAUAGAUAAGCCAAAGUCAGAAAUAUCCACAGAAGAACAUUUUGCAAGGUGGUGCAUGUCAACUGCGUUUGCCAAAAUGAUAGUGUAUCCUUUGCAUACAAUAAAGAGGAAAAUGCAGGCAUCGUCUGCAGUUCUACCAGACAGAGGUGGUGUGGAUGUGGACUUCAGGGGCAUGUGGGAUGCCUUCAGACAGACUGGCUUCACUGGUCUUUGGAGGGGAGCUACUGUAGGAUUACUGAAGGUAGUGCCCUACAGUGUCAUCAUGAUGCUGGCCUUUGAAUACAUGAAGAGACCAUUCCUGUUCUACAACAGAUACACCACCAGUCCCUGGUUUGAGGAGUUCUGUCCAGGGGUGGACCAGUCCCUCAGGCCGCAUGAGUUGGAGGAGUGGUAUCGACAGAGAGCUAAUUUAGAGCGCAGGCCACCUGUGCUCAUAGAUGAUUGACUUAGAAUGUGUGAUAUCCCUGCUUUGAAUGUGAACCCAUGUUUUAUGUCUAGCAUUGCCCUAUCUGGUAGUUUAAAGUUAACUGAACAAUCAUUGAAAUUUUGACUUGUAUAAAUUUUUGAUUAGGAUAACUUCAUACUUUUUUUAUCUCUGCUGAGGAUUUGACUCUUUGAAUUUGGGGUAAUAAGAUUGACUGAAUUUUUCAGUGGUGAUAAGGUUAUCUCCAGUUAUAGUUUGACUGUUAAGACUGUCAUGUACAUUUUGAAAACUGAAAUGGGUAAUUUUUUUUCUGAAAAAAAAAAAAAAUAAAUAAAUAAAUAAAAUGAUAAAAACUGAAAGAUUUGUGUGAUUUUAGUGAAAAAAUUAGCAGGCCCCAAAUCACCCUGGCACUUUUUCCUCUUUUUGAAGUACAUUAACAAAUUGUGUUGUUUUACACUUGAAAAAUACGUUAUUAUGACAUUCGAACUGAAUGGUUACAAUAGUUCACUGCAUUUUUACUGUGAGUCGAUAUGGAUUUUUAUAUUUGCAAAUAUAUUAUUCAUUUAAAAAGUGUUCCAUGCCUUUGAAAUAUAAUCAUAGACUAGAUUUAAAAGGCAUAAUGGGGAAAAUACAAAAAAAUUGAAAAUCUCACAAGCAUAUCCAUAAAGUUGACAGUACUUUGC